AUGUGUGAAAAAGGUGAAGAAGAUUCUUCUACAAUCACCAUCGAAACCGCUGCAUUCUACCGAAUAUCAUUAAGUGGAAAAUAUUUUAAAAGUGCAGGAACGUUACGAGUACUUCAAACUCCUAGCAAAUUACUUGUCUUAAGUGAAACAAAAACACAUCGUGUUGGUGAUAUUAACUCUGAAUUUAGCUAUAGCGAUUUUAUAGCUGUAGACUCACCUACUGAUGCAACAUUAGUCGUUCAACAGUUGGGAACUGCUAGAGUAAUUAUCACACUCACGAUAGAAACCAUAGCCAAAGAUUGCACUGAGGUACAGAAUAGUGGCAAGAACGAAAGUGGAGUUUAUCAAAUUGAUCCUGAUGGUAAAGGAUACUUUGAGGUCUUCUGUGACAUGACGUCAUCGGGUGGUGGUUGGACUGUAAUUCAAAGAAAUAAAAAAAAUGGAAAUACAGACUUUCAUCUGGGUUGGGCGGAGUAUAAACGUGGCUUUGGUAAUCUUAAAUCCAAAUUCUGGCUUGGAUUGGACAAGAUACAUCGACUAACAUCUGCAAGGAAAAAUAAACUUCGAAUUGAUCUAGUAAACACGUCAGGCACUAAAAAAUACGCUGAAUAUGAAGAUUUUGUUGUAAAGGAUGAAAGUUAUAAGUAUCAAUUAAGUAUCGGAAAAUACACAGGAACUGCUGGGGAUAAAUUAUCCUAUCACAAUAACAUGAAGUUUUCAACCAAAGAUUCAGAUAAUGAUAAACUUAGUAAUGGAAAUUGCGCUAAUGACACAAUUGCUGGUGACAUAGGUGGUUGGUGGUAUAAUAGUUGUGCUCUUUCUCAUCUAAAUAGUAAAAAUCUUGGUUGGGCUGAUUUUAGUUACGUGAUAACCAGUGAAAUGAAAAUCAAACCAUGA